UUAAUCAUGGGACUCACUGCGUGUUUAGAAGACUAUUUUCUUGGUUUCUGGGACUAUGAAACCCCCAAAAUCAUGGUGGUUAAAAAUAUAACUCUUGGAGUCAUAUACAGAGGAGUUCAGUUUAUUGUCAUCACCUACUUCAUCUGGUACGUCUUCAUAAGUCAGAAAGCGUACCAAGAAAGUGAAACGCGUCCCGAGAGCUCGGUUUACACUCACAUGAGAGGCUCAGCAAUCCGUGGAGAUCAAAUCUUGGACACUGUGGAAUACGUUCGACCCUCAGAGGGCGGGGAUGUCAUUAGUACGAUAUUGAGACGAGAAGUCACAUAUGACCAGAAGCAAGGAACCUGUGCUGAGUAUUUUGGUGUUGCUAAUGCCAACUGCACGAGAGACUCAGACUGUGUCCAAGGAGAGGUUGACUUCAACGGCCAUGGCAGGAGGACCGGCAGAUGUAUUCGAUACUACAACCACACCUUCAAAACCUGUGAGAUCCAAACCUGGUGCCCUAUUGAGGCGUAUGCAGUCCAGAGGGAGCCCUCUUUGGUGGUGGCCAUCAAUUUCACAGUAUUCAUCAGAAACUUCAUUCAUUUCCCAAAGUUUGGAGUGGUGAGGGGUAAUAUAAAGGACGCUUCAAACAGGCGCAACAUGCACAAAUACCUGAACAAAUGUCAAUAUGAUGAGGAGAAGGAGCCCUACUGUCCAAACUUCCGACUCGGUUACAUUGCACAUCAAGCCCGGGAGAACUUCAGCGAGCUCUGCAGGACGGGAGGAGUGAUUGGUGUUUUUAUUGACUGGAACUGUGACCUGGACCUGGACCCUUCACGCUGUAAGCCCAAAUAUUCCUUUAGGCGUCUUGACCUCAGAAAGGAUCGAGCCAACUCUGGUUACUAUUGCAGAUUUGCCAAGUACUACCAAAAGGAUGGGAUAGAGUCCCGGACACUUAUCAAGGCCUAUGGCAUUCGUUUGGAUGUGAUUGUUCAUGGACAAGCAGGUAAAUUUAGCCCAAUCCCAACAAUCAUCAGCACAGUGACCGCACUGACUUCAGUCGGAAUUUGUACCAUUAUCUGUGACUGGAUUAUGCUGACAUUUAUUGACAAGGAUGAAGUCUACAGCGAAAGCAAGUUUGAUGAAGUUAUUGAUGAACCCACAGCAUCCAUUCCUCCACAACUACUUUACAUCACUAACUUCAGCUCAUACCAGUCAGACUUGUCGGAUGGUGUGCCGCUGUGA